AUGACAACGAUGAACGAACAGACACUCCCUUCGUAUUACUACUAUGUAGAUCCGGAAGUCACGUAUCAGGCACAAAGGCCAAGCCCACUCGAUGAUCUGAUAUCGGUAUACAGAUUGCAGGAUUUGUCUCAGCAGGUUGCAAGAACCAACACAGAUGGCACAAAAGCUAUUAAAUUAAGAAAGUCGUACAAAAAUCAAAUCGCGGAGCUAUCUGGCAAAUUUGGCACUAUACCGACCAGGGAGAAUGGCAAAGGUGGUGACAUCUCGCACAUCCUGUUCCAAAAUAACCCCGAUAUGAUGAAUCAGGUUUACAUGGAGUCAGGGAUGACGCCAGAACAAUGGCGUAUGGCGAUGAUUAAUAGAGACAGUGCAUUAUUUGAUCAACCUAAUAUGGACUGGAACAUGUGUCGAUCGGUCCUGUCGCAAUUUGAAAGGUCUUAUCCGUCAGAAUUCCAGAAUCAGCAGGGUUUUCAAGUUGAUGAUCUGGCAUUUGAUCUUGAUGGCACGGGUAAAUCGUCUAAUGUGAAGAAAAGAAAGGUCAAAUCCAAUGGCAGCAGUAUGGCAACACCAAAUAGUGACAUGCAAGAGGACGUUAAACGUAGACGGUUGGAAUAG